AUGGCAGAAAUCGCGCGUGAUUACCAUGAAAGUCUUCAAGAAGACUCCCUAUCAGACCAAGAAAAGGACAUAAGAGCGACAGAAAUAAGAAACACACUGCAAGAAAUACCCCAAGCACAAAAACUGCAAAACAAAAACUCACCACUACACAAACCGCUAAAGGAAAAUAGCGUACUCAAAGCACUAUACGCCUCAAAGGCAGGCAGCGCAGCCGGCAUAGACGGGAUACCAUACGAAGUCUGGAAAAGUCUACACGAAAAACACUUAGACGAUAGGAAAAAAGACAUUCCAAGCUUCGACAUAAUAAAAACUCUCACCAUAGUCAUAAACGACAUACAAGAACAUGGUGUUGACGACCAAACAAAUUUCUCG